CGAUUUGGACUUGGUCACUUUUUGGAAGAGACAUUCACUCAUUGUACGACUGCAUUAACAACAUCAUCACCAUUUCUACGACAGCACCAAUUCGACGACAUAUCCUACCGUUUAGGAUUAGAGAGCGCGACAAACCAUCCAAUCCCCGCGACCGAGUCGAUCGAACCAUCCCCACGACAGUAACACCACCCACACACCCACAACCACAUCCACAACCACAUCACCAUGUCCGGCCGAGGAGCACGAGGCGGCCGCGGCGGUCGCGGAGGAGGCGGAGGAUUCGGUGGCGGCCGCGGUGGUCGUCGCGCAGUAGCCGCCAACUCGGUCCCCUGGCAAAUGGACCCGACCAUCGCCCUGGACGGCAAGCCCUCGGAGCUGUUCCCCCCUUACAAAGCGAUCCCCAAGGCGCCCCUCCUCCUCAAAAAGGACGACCGACAAGUCUCCUUCUUUCUGUCGUUUCGCGAACAAGGCCACGACAGUCCUCUCUACACGCAAUCCCGAACAUGGGCGACGACCGAGUUGACGAGUACCUCAUCCAGUCUCUUUGGGAGCAGCGCCAAGGCGACGAUCGAUAUCUUUGAGGAUGGAGUACCCAGUUACUCGCACAAGUUCCAGCAGAAGGAGAGGACGUUGCCCGAUCUGGCGUCACGGCCGUUCGCCAAGGAGUUUUUUCCGGGGGAGUUACAUUCUACGCUUGACGGGCUGGACGGUCCCUCGGCAAAGCGCCGCAAGAUUACUCCUGGCACGACGACCCAAGCAAAAACCAUCGCCUUGUCGUCGGCAGAGUACAAAUCCGCCGAAGACAUCUUCGGCCUCAACCCUUCUUCUGCUGUAUCAGCCGCCGCAACACAAGAAGGUGAACCGAACUACAAACGAGCGCUGCAGUUGCUGGAGAUGGUGGAGAAGAAAGCCGAGGACGGAGAGGAUGCGGGUAUCCUUACCGACGACGACGAGGAUGAUUGGGUCAAGAAUAACGAGGAUGAGGACGGUAACCCGGUUGCCGAAGAGGACGACGAUUUCGAGGAGGAUAGUGGUGACGAUUAUAAUGCUGAGCAGUACUUUGAUGGAAACCAGGAUGAUGAUGAGUAUGAUGAGGGUGGGGAUGAUGGGGGGGAUUACUAUUAGUAGUCUUUGGCCUAGGGGAAGGGAGAAGCAGGAGCAACGAACGGGGUGAGGCGGCGAGCUGAGGUGUGUCAGUCAGACUAAGAGGUUGUAUGUGGUGGCUGAAAGGAGCUAUUCGAUGUCAAGGGAUCAUCUUGUGGCUGGCUGGCAUGUUAGGCUCGGUUUGUUUGUUUGGAGCAUAAAGGCAUUGUUGGAUCCAUCAAGGAUGUCCAUAGAGGGAGGGGUCUGGUAGACUCAAAAAAUGAUACCAUUUUUCUGUCAUGCGAAUGUACCUCGUCGUUUGAAGAUGUCCUGAUGUGGUUUUAGACACGAUGGCUAAACUCCGUGUCGAAGAUGGUCGAUAUGUAGAGAGGUAAACAGAGCCGGCACAACACAAGACGGGACACCCACGUCCCAC